AUGAGUAAUGAAAUUAACACCUACGUUAGACCAAAGUUUAACAACUUAAGUUUACUGCUUCCGCCUAGUUUUGACCGUCGAAUAUUGUUUGAUUUGGUUAAAAAUGAAGCAGAUGUUCAUCAACUCAGAAAUGUAAUGUUUGAAAUGAAGGAGAUUGUGCAUUUGUAUUUGGAGGUGUUUGAGGGAUGGGUCAAACAGACAGAAGCGAUUGACAAGAUUAUACCAUACAAUAUUGAAAACAUUAUAUCUGAUAAUGUUGAAGAGUCUCCACAGUAA